AUGGAGAAAUGCCCCGGAGUCACACUGGCCAAUAUUGACAACUGGUUUAUAGAUCACGAACAGACAGAAGUAGUGGAGGGCAAGGGCCCGUUCUCUUUCAAUGAUAAUAUGAAUUCAGACGCUGGGGCCUUAAUUAGCCAUUUGCCUGACGAGUCUCGACUACUGACCGUCUGGUGGUCGAUCAUUACUCCGACCUCCGCCUGGGCGAGCUGCCCUCAUCGUCGUCCUCCAAUGAACCCCCAUAUCUCCGUUCCCCGGCAGCAUGCUGGGCCAGCACAAUUCGGCGGUGCCUCGCCGCAGAAUAGAAACCCAUUCAUACGGAUGCCGCAGAUUUUUGGCCGCUUGUUCAAAGUCUCACAGAUGGACUUUGAGAUGGCCAUUUGGGAGAUGACAUCUCUUGUUAUUGCACCUAAAAAGGUGUUCAAAUCCAUAAACGUUGGUCUCCCCUUGCAAUGCAUCCAUAGAAAGUCAUGGCCUAAUGAGACCUGUCUAGAAACCAAAAACACCUGGCACCGGCCCGAUCCAUCGUUCAGCUACCUAUUCUCCUUAUUCUUAUAUUUAACCGGCCUGGCAUGGGGCUUUGCCUAUAAACCGUCGUUUGUUUCUAUGAAUGGCCUCGCCAUAGCAUUCGUCCUUCUCCAUUUCCUCGGAGCCUCCCUCGUGAUUUCGACAAUAAUGUACUUCACUGUUGGCCGGAUAUUCGGUCCCAAUGGUCCUGCCGCCACGAUCAGUGAGUGGAGGGGAACAAGGUCGUCAUUAGGCCGUAUGAGACGACGGGCACCGGCCCAGGGCCUUUUUGGGUUAUCGGUAGAUAAAGAGCAUGUCGAAUUUGGAUACUGCUUUGAUGUGAGCCUCCUUCCAGCUUGUUCAAACUGA